AUGGCGACAAUUACCACCUGGGACGCGAUCAUCUUCAUCGCCUCCUACGCAUUCGCCGUCUUUCUGACCCUUGUCGACGCUCAGUCCUGUGAAAACAUGACCACAACUAUCUCAGUCUUCAAAACCCUCACUGUGACCCAGCCCUUGGUCACUGGCCCGGUGACUGUUACUUUGACUGAGCAGCCCUUCGAUGGUUUCAACUUCACUCACGUCUCCGGCACAACCUACCCUGGAGUCACUGCGACUACAGCCACAGUCACUGACACAAUCACUGUUGGAAAUGAGACCAGCACCCAGUCUACUUCAGUUGUUGAUACUGUUCGCUCAGGAUCUGCCAUUACUCUGAUAAGCACCACCAAGAUCACGUCUUAUGUCAACAGUACUGUCUCUGCUACCGUCCCUGCCGUCUCUGGCAGUGCGACUGGAAACAACAUCACGCGUGCAUCUGUCCCUGUCUCUUUGACUUUGACAUUCCCUAUCAUCACUGCCAGUCCCCCCUGCGAUUCGGGUCUUCCGAACGGAACAUGCGGACAUGGUAGUUUCAUCUCGGUCACUGAACCUGCGACUCAGAACUUGACUUCCACCAUCACCGUGACCAGCACUGCACAUGUCACACGUGACACCAUCACAUCGGUUGCUCUGUCCACGGCUACUGUGAACACUUCAAGACCAUACUUCGUCAACGGGACUUUCGAAACCAGCUUCCCCUUUUCGCCCCCGCCACUGUCGUCUGCUAUGAGUGUCGCGACGUCUGCCUUUGACAGCAUCACUGCAAACCAUACUGUUGUUGCCACCACUAGCACACGCACUACCACGACCUUGACCACGGUUACCCUAGCCGGGAGUUCGUCCACUGUUAGUACUACCAACUCCACCCUGGAUAGUGCCACAUGGAUGGUGUAUACAAUCACGACCACCUCCACCGUCGAGCCAGUCAACUCGAUCUUGAGCAUCGCAUCUUCUUUCCUCGGCAAUGCGUCUUCAGAGGUUGCAACUAAAACGGUCACUACGACAGCCACGGGCACACCUCUGGAGACCAUCCUCAGCGAUGCCUCUUCCAUCCUCAGUGAAGCCACGUCGGAGAUUGCAAACAAGACCACAGCCACACAGAACGGAGGCACCAUUACCACCACAACUGUCUUCACCACCGUGGAGGCUACCGAGACUAUGGCGAGCAGUGCUCCUGUCACCUUCACAGUGACUAUCUCCGAGUAUGUCAAUACCACUACAACCUCCAUCGUCGUGGAUAACACUGUGGCUGCGAUUGGUCGCUUCAAUACCACGACUACGACCACUGCACAACAGGAAUCAACAACCAUAUUCUUGCCUGGCACGACCACAGAUGGCGUGUCUUUGUUGUCUGUUGCCAUGCCUAGUAGUGAGAGCCUCAACGUCAGCGCAUUCACUGUCUCAAGCAACGCGUCGGUGUCGUUCCCUACCAUGUCCAUGUCCGCAUCCGUGUCCGGGUCUCCAUCAGUCUCGCUCUACACUCCGACCAUGACCGGCACCGCAUCCUCCUUGCGCGCGCCCGGUGUCUUCGGUCUGAUCGCCCGCUUCAUGAUGGUCCUCGACCUGGUCAAGCCGCAGACCCUGGUCCGAGCCAUGCCUGGUCUCCCCCAGCCUGCACCGGAAAUCGCCCCGCCUCCGCCGAGCAUGACCACCACUCUUGGCAUCGAGGUCUCAGUCUCAGUCUCCACCGAGACCGUGCCGUGCAACUGCACCGGCUACUCCAACGAGACGACCACCACUACGACGACUGCUGCCAUCACCAGCAGCGGCGCCGUGGGAGGACCAGCAGGAGCAGACUCGACCGUCUGGCUCACCAGCACUGUGCAGAGAACCUCGACCGUGACAUCUACCUUGACGACAGACGUUCCUGGUCCACACCCAGCCAACUCCUCGUCGUCGUCGUUGCUCUCGCUGACAACCACUCCGGCCGUUGCCACGAUGCUGACUGCACCCCUUGUGGUUUCUGCCACGAGUUCCCAGCCUGCGUCUGAGACCAGUGCCGCCGUCGUCGGCGUGACAAUCACUUCUGCCUCACUCGUUGCGAACAUCACGUGGACCUUUGCCCAUCCCAACGGCACCGAGACCCCUGCGUCUGUCACCGCAUCUGCUCCUGCUUCGUCUUGGCCUCCCGUGUCUGUGCCCGCGGUCACCGUGAGCAACGCCACAACACCGAUGCCGUUUUCCAACAUCACCACGACGCCGACGAGCAGCACUGUCAUGAGUGACAACAACGCCACCACCGUCAACAGCAGCAGCACCACCGUGCACCCGACGGUGACGAGCUUCCUGAGCACCCACUCCACGGCCCCGUUGGGCGGCAGCGUCGAGACAAGCACCCAGACAUUCACGCCGACCACGAUCACGACGGCGGCAUCUUCGUCUUCGUCCUCGUCCUCGCCGCCGUCCUUCAAGUCGGCGACCCCGCUGACUGUGCGCACCGUGUCUGCCUUGUUGCUCCUGGCCGUCACCGCUUGGUAUGUCUUGUGA